CAAGGUUUGUUUGUGAUUUCUGUUUUGUUGUUUCUCCGGAAGAGAUUAUUAUAUUUUCAACGUAAAUAUAUCCUAAACCUAAAAAUAUCAUGGAUAAUAAUCAAUCAAAAACACCACGCAAAAGAAUGUGCAAUUUCACUGCCGAUGAAAAGGCUCUAUUGGCACAAUUAAUUAAAAAGACGCCAAUCGUGGAGUCCAAAUUAACGGAUGGAAAGUCUGUCUCCAAAAAACAAGCAGCGUGGGAUUUAAUAACACGAGAGUUUAAUAGCAACGCCAAUGUACACAAGCGUGAGACUAUUACUUUGAAGAGAGCAUGGGAUAACAUGAAAGCCUACACACGUAAAGCUCGCGCAACUGAACGAGGAAACUUAUUAAGAACUGGAGGCGGACCAUCAGCACCUCCACCGCCACACAAUGAAGCCAUAAUAACCAUGGUUGAAGAGGCUGCACCUAUUAUAAUUUGUGAGUUGAAUAACCCGUUUGAUAGUGACGGAACCAUACUGGAUACAAUCAGCAAUAGUCAACAACAGGACUUGUUAGACAAACCUAACAUUUCUGUAUCGAUUGACACCAGAGAUAUAUUGGAAACAGAGAACUUAAAAGAUUCCGAAGUAAAUAUAUUGAGUUUUGAAGAGCAGGAAGACGGCAAAAUCUUUGACAAUAACCACUUUGAAGUCGAAGAUUUGCAAGUUACAGAUGGUAAACCUUAUUUAGCAGCAAAGACCAAGACUGCUGAUCAAGUUCGGAAACCCACAGACUACAUUCGUCGAGAGGCUGUGAUACGAAUUAAACAUUUAGAAAAUAAAAAAAGAAUGGAAAUGCAAAUAUUGAAAACCCAGUUAGAAGUAGAGGAAAUUAAAAAAGCAACAGCGUUAUUAGAACAACAAAGACAGAAGACAUUAUUAGAGAAAGCGAAAAUUGAGUUAGAAGAAAUUAAGAAGUCAAAUGGUGGUUAAAAACAAAGAAGUAAAAUGGUAGUUAAAAAUAAAAAUAUUUGUUUGA